AUGCCCUGCUCCGAAGAGGCCUUCGCCGUUUCCCCCAGCAAGCGGUCCUGGUACGUGGAGGAGGGCCCGUCGCGCCUCCGCUUUGUCUGGCUCUCUGAACACGCCACCGCCCCCACCAAGGGGUCGGCACGAGCCGCGGGCUAUGACCUGUAUAGUGCGUAUGAUUAUACAGUACCACCUAUGGAGAAAGCCCUUGUGAAAACUGACAUUCAGAUAGCUCUUCCUUCUGGAUGUUAUGGAAGAGUAGCUCCACGUUCUGGCUUGGCUGCAAAACACUUCAUAGAUGUAGGAGCUGGUGUCAUAGAUGAAGAUUAUAGUGGAAAUGUUGGUGUUGUACUGCUUAAUUUUGGCAAAGAAAAGUUUGAAGUCAAAAAGGGUGAUCGAAUUGCACAGCUCAUUUGUGAAAGAAUUUUUUAUCCAGAAAUAGAAGAAGUUCAAAUUUUGGAGGACACUGAAAGGGGUGCAGGAGGCUUUGGUUCCACUGGAAAGAAUUAAUUUAUGCCAAGAAUAGAA